UGCUAGUUGUGAGCUUGAUUCUUAGUCGCAAAUUCAUUGAUUUGAGUGUGGCUUGGGCGUUUUAAAGUGACAUUCCAAACUAGACCCCCACCCAUACUCCACAUACCGGCUCCACGGGACUUCCGGGUUGAACAUGAGUGAUCAUGAUGAUGUGUCAGAACAAGGACGUCCUUGAUCAGAACGUCCUUGGUCUGAUAUAAAACUUCACACUGACAUAACGGUCUUGAAAGGGAGCCAACCCAAGAUGGUGAUGUAUUAAACUGACUACCCACUUCUUUUCAACAUAGCAGUCAUUUUGCAAUCUCUCAGGGAAUUAUAACUCAUUGACAUGUAAAAUUAUGAACUUUUCUGGAGCUGAAAAUGUCAAAGUCAUACCAGGGUAACAUUUCUUACAUAUACAACAAAGAAACACAAAAUACUGCUGUUAUACUGACAUUGUCACCAGUCUGAUCAGACCUGGAGCAAAGAUGGCGGAGCUUCCAGGCUAUGUGGGGUACCCUUGGGUGGGGGACAACUCCUUGGAGUUCUACAGAGACCCAGUCAGCUUCAUGGAGAAGAGAAUACAGGACUACAGCAGCAGGAUCUUCCAAGCCAGGUUCAUCAACCGACCCACUGUGUUUGUGGGAUCAGCAGAAGCAGUCAAAAAACUUCUAAAUGAGAAAACACAGCAUUUUGAGAUGGGAUACAAGGCUCUUUGGCAGGGGCUGUAUGGAGACAAUGUGCUGUUUUCUGAUGGAACUGAAGCCAUAGCUCUACGUGCUCUCCUGAUCCCGCUCUUUAACAAGGAGGCUGUCAGCGGCUACCAGAGCACUGUGGAGAGAAUAUGUGACAGAACAUUACAGACCAUACCUACAGGGAGACCUGUGAAGGUGUAUGAACUCCUCAAGCAGAUGUCCACAGAGAUCUCCAUGGGUCUGUUCUUGGACAUUGAGAGAGAAACAGACAACAGCUUUGCUCCACUUGUCUCACAACUUAUGACUCAACACUGGCAUGGUAUCAUCUCCAUGCCAGCCAAUCUGAAGCUGCCUACAUGGGGAGGCAACUGGGAAUCAGGGUACAGUAAAGCACUGGAGGCCAAGGAUGAGCUUCUGAAGAUCAUUGGAGACCGGAUAGGAAAGAAUAAGCACAACAAUGUCUUAGGUCUAAUGAAGACAGCUGGGUUCCGUUCGGAAGAUGAAGUCUACCGCCACCUGCUGCUGUUUGUGUCAGCCCUGGUGCCCAAAGCCUUCUCCUCCCUGUUCACCUCCUUCACCCUGCAGUUAGCAGGGCCAAGCAAGGCUUCCAUGAGACAGAAGGCUCUAGAAGAUGAGACGUUCCUGGAACACAUCCUCCUUGAGGUGCAGCGACUCUGGCCACCCUUCAUCGGGGGUAGGAGACUUGUCAGACAGGAGUUUACCCUUGCCGGGUACAGGAUCCCUAAGGAGCAUGGCCUGAUGUAUGUGACCCACACGGCUCACAGGGAUCCCCAGAUCUUCCCUGAACCAAACAGCUUCAAACCAGAGAGAUGGAGCACAAGUAAUGCAGGGCAUGAGGAAUACCUGUGUGCAUUUGGGGGAGGACCCAGGCGAUGUAUUGGGACGCAGCUGGUGCAACUAGUACUCAAGCAUGUUACAAAGUACCUGCUGCAUAACUUCCACUGGGAGGUGACACAAGCAGAGAUCCCGCCUUACAAGUGGCUGCCGGUGUCCCGCCCCACAGUGGAGGACCAGGUCAUCUUCACACCCAGAGACUCACCUGACCAGGAGGUGGAGGUGGGGGUGGAGGUCGCUGAAACAUCAUUGUGAGAAAACAGAAGUGACGUUCACAGCACUGUGACCAGAGGGAGCUGGUGCAAAGUGGCUGGCAAUUUCCUCUGAUGUAUUACUGGCUGAUGUCUGAUGACACAUUGGCUCCAUUUAAGACAAAUGCCUUGAGUGAUAGUCUCCACCUGACUACAUAGGUCACUGCAAAAUUAGUAGAAAUUAGCCAAACAGACAGAUAACAUGCCAGAGGAGAUAGUAUGCUCAGCUGUAUGAUGUACUCCCAGGCAGGCUGGCUGACUCUUUAUAGAGUCUGGUAAAGAACAAUGAAAGGUGGCAAAACAGUAGCAAACGAAGUUACAUGUAUCGAGCAAUGAAAGGUGGCAAAAUAAUAGCAAACGAAGUUACAUGUAUCGAGCAAUGAAAGGUGGCAAAAUAAUAGCAAACGAAGUUACAUGUAUCGAGCAAUGAAAGGUGGCAAAAUAAUAGCAAACGAAGUUACAUGUAUCGAGCAAUGAAAGGUGGAAAAAUAAUAGCAAACAAAGUUACAUGUAUAGCAAGGCUAAUUCCAAUUAAGUCCCUCUGGCUCUGAAAAUGUUAAUGAUAAAAAAAUUGUUUUCAAUGCAUUAAAUGUAUGGAAAAAAGAUAGUGGAAUUAGAAUGAGGAAUCAAACAACCUCAAAAAAUAGGCAAUCUUGGCAAUCUUAAAAAUGAGCCAGUAUAGACUGCAGCACUAUCCUGCCAACCUCUCCCACUUUACUGAGCUUGCUGUGCUUGUGUGCUUUUUUUAUUCUAUAUCCUUGUUGAAGAUCAUAUUUACCUCACAUGUGCAGCCAAACUUAUCUGUUGUCUCAACAUAGUUAAGUGUCUUGAAGAGUGGCUAUUUACUAGACUUUCUAUAGACCAAGUGUACCACAUGUCUACAGAACAGCUGCCAGUUUCGGACUGGGCAGUAACAGUUUACGCUAGCAUCUAUGCAGUACUUUAACAGUUCAACCACACCCAUUCUUGCCCAUACAUUUAUCUAAGGACAUGUAACAUCCAGCAUGUUUGGCCAGCAGUCAACUGACACAAUACCGAUGAUGCAUUCAGUUUAGUUCUACUGGUAGGUCAGCAAUUUAUUGGAAACAUAUUUUUUUAUCAAACACUUUUCCAAGCAACUAUGCACCUCCUGUACUGGGAGCUUUAUAAACAAAAAUCAAAAUUAAUUUUGUGUCUUCCUGCAUAUUCAAAGUUUAUGCUCUUCAACCUUUUCAAAAUGAUUUCACCAAUGACCAAUUUGUGCAAAAAAUGCUCUUUCUCCUAUGAUCUACCAAUCUGGACUCAUCAAGGGUCUUGAUGGAAGGUUUUUGAUUCCAGUUGUUGAUCAACAAAGUUUCAGGUAUGCUAUCAAAUUGUUUGUAGCUAUAAUACACUAGUUCCUUUGACUAUCCUUACUGUGCAUUCAUAAAACAUAAUCUUGACUCUGUAGAAAAGUUGACUGGGACAUAUUUUCAAUGUGCUUUGCCAGUAUUUCCAGUUCUCAGGUAUUGGUGUCUUAAUGUCUUGUUUCUUCCUGGACAUUAACAUAUUUGAACCUAUUUAUCCAGUACAUGUAUUUAUUCUAUGCAACUUUGUACCACAGUCGUAUGCGGCAGCCAUAAAAUGUCAAAGUCCAACUUUCAUGCUUUUUAUUAGUCAAGUUAAAGGUGUUAAUUUUGUCAUGUUUUAUACCUUUUCAUGAACUUGAAUGUCUGGUUCAGUGUACUUGUAUAUGACAUGUUAAAAAAUUGUCUGAAUAUGUCUUUUUUAUAGAUGUGUAAUGAAUAACUGUAAUGUAUUCCUUUGUGACCCUUCUGAUAGAUUUCGACUCAGUAUGAUGUCUUGAUUAUCAAUGGUAACUUCAUCAUUUUGUUAACGUACUGAUGCAACACAGUCAUAACAUUGGGUACCUACUGCCAAUGGCACUAGCUGCAAAUACACCCGGUAUAUUAUUAUUA